CCCACUGUCUACCACCUCUCCAGGGAUGUCGCUGCCACGCAGAGCCCCCCAGAAGACCCCGAGGGGCCCCCUCAGGACUGCGAGAUCUGCUUCGCCCCCUGUGACCGCUUCUUCAAGCUGCCCAAAGCACUGGCCUGUGGCCAUGUCUUCUGCCCCAAGUGCUUGGCCAGGGUCAGCGUUGCAGCCCCCGCUGCCCCCUUGCUCUGCCCCACAGCCGUGCUGCCCCACUGUGGCCCACCUGCUCUGACCUCCUGCCCCCUGACCUCCCUGCCACCCCCAGUGGUUUCGUCUGCUUCAAUCGCCCCAAGGGGCUCCUGCUCUACGUCCCCCCCAUCCCGGCCAGGUGCCCACGGUCCCUCAGCCUGGAGGUGGGGGGGUCUGAGCCCCCCCCCAGCCCCUCCAGGGGGCCGGAGUGGGGUGUGGUGGCCCCUCUUCGAGGCGGUGGCCAUCACCAUUGCCCUGAUGGUGGCAGGGGGCUUGGUGCUCUGCGGGAUCAUCCUCUUCUUCCUCCUGCCCGCAGUGUGCGAGGGGGGUGGCCAGGCAGAGGAAGUCGCGCGCUACACCUACGAGUAA